AUUUCAUCAAUGCAUCAUUAAUCAUUCACAUUGAUCGAUGAACCUGUGUGUUCACGUAACAACCAUCAGGCUUUAGGGCUCGAACAUAUGAAGGAGAGGUAGCCCGCAGACGACGACAGCGUUCUUCAUAUUCGUCAUGCCCACAGUUACGCUAAACACAAAUCAUUUUAACCUCGAUGUCGGUGGCUUCGCAGGGUUCUUUGGAGGCGAAGAGGCGGUCUCCGCAAUGGAGACUGUGCAUCUCUACAGAGCAAGGCGGUGGACAGGCUGGUUCAAUUCCCCGGGCAGCUACAGUGUUGGCAAGCACUAUGGCCAGCUUGCCAAUUCUCGUUUUUGGGACGGAAUGUUUCCAGGACCCAAUGUAGAGCCCACCGUGUACAUAGGGAUGGAUGGACAGUCCGGCCCUAUGUAUUUCGCAUCCCAGUCCGGCACGUUCCUAAAGCAAACGGGUCACCUUGCAUACCUGUUAAUGCAGAAAUGCAAAGACCAACGAGCCGUGAUAGUAGAGGGACGAAGGACAAGGGCUAAUAAAGUUACCAUCUUGGAAAUGCCAGACAUCAAGUUCGACGCUGCUACCGAGACUAGCCUAAAUAUCCAUGCCCGAGAUGGUUUCCACAAACACGUCGCAUUGUUCCCUAUCGCCACUAGCGUCGCAACAUGCAUACUUUGUGCGUGGGGCGAUGACUGGUAUUGCUUCUCCUUGAUCCUCCUCGGCAUUCUCAUCAACGGCAUUUCGUGUUUUGUCAUUGGCUCUGCAUCCAUAGUCCUCCAGAGUGUCGCCUCCUCUAAAAAUGCACCGCCAGGUGAUGGCAUGUUGAUGGAUGGAAAUCAUGUGAUCGUCGUCCUUGGAAAAGAGAAGAAUGUUCUUGCCAUCACGCAGGGCAAAUUCCAAUUGGAGUACGAGCCCUGGGUCCGUAGGCGUAUGAGGAAGAGGAGAACUCGAGCCAUUGUAGGGGAUGGGAUCCAUAACGUUCACCACUGGUUUGGAAAAAAAGAUGCAGAGAGCGGCUCGGAGGUGCAGAGUGAUGAAGACGCCGAGAUCAAUAACGAAUACGCAGCGAUCGGGUUCUGCUCACUCCUCCUAGUCAUUCAAUUUUUGACGCAGUUGCUCCUGAUACCACAGGGCAAACUAUUUGGGCAGGUCAUGUUCCUAACGUCCUUCGCUGUGUCAUGGGCGUACAAUCUCUUCUUGUCGUCCAUGGACAAAGAAUACCUGCAGGAGGAACGGCUCGUCCAGGCGUUGAAUUUGACGGAUGAUCACAUGAAGACGUACAAACUGGGCACAAGAACGGCCGCAGCGGUUUUCGCAUGCCUAGCCCUUCAGCCCGACUGCGAGCACGGAGAAUGGGAGAACAGAGGUUUUAAGCCACAAGAGAUUCUUCGACAGUUCAUUCCAAACGAGACACACGUAUGGGCGGUCUGGAGAGACCAGGUCUUGGAACAGAUGAGAAGCGACAAGUCGUCCUUGCAAUCAUUUGAUCUUCAGGCUUGCGGUAACCGCAUAGCUGCAUUCAACGAUGUCGACAAGAACUUGCUGAGCGACUUGCUCUCGGACGCUCGCACUGCAUACCAGCAGUAUUUGAUAUUGCAGGUUCGGAGACGCAGCUUGAUUGGGAGUAUUUCGAGUAGUGUAAAAGCGGAGGCAUGGUGAGAUGCUAGUCUUAGGAGUUAUUUCGGUCCUCCGCGCGUACAGUGCUGUGAUAUCGUCACGAAGGCGCGCCCCUGUUUUGUCUAAUAUUGCUAGUACACUUUAUGAACCCAUAAUUCGAGUUAACCUUGAGAUUACCAA